AUGUCUACUUUACAAGAAACAAAACCUGAAAAUAGAAUUCAUGGAAGAUUUAGCGUUCAGGAAGAUAGUAGAUUACUCGAUUAUGUUAGAAAGCAUGGCGCCCGAAAAUGGAGCAAGGUGGCAGCCCAUGUGGGAACAAGAGACCCAAAACAAUGUCGUGAAAGAUACAUGGGACACUUAGCUCCUGAAGUUAACAAGGAUCCUUUCACAGAAGAAGAAUUGAAGAAAAUAUGUGAAUUAGUUCAGAAAGGCUACAAAUGGGCGGAGAUCGCGAGAAAAUUAGGCAACGGCCGUAUUCCAAAUAACGUCAAAAACGUUUGGAAUCAAAAACUCCGUAAAUUACCAAGUGUGGUAACAGAAAGAACCAUCAAGAAGUCACCCAUUAGAAGAACUAGGGGUAAUGCCGGCUCACUCUCUAGUUCUGUGAAUCUGUCUUACAACAAAAUGUCUAGCGAUCAAAUAGGCCAAAUAUCCGACAACUCUGAUAUUCAAUUGACACCCGUCAAUAGUUUAUGUAAACGCCCGGAAAAAAAUUUUAACUUAAUUAACACUUUAGAAGACAAAAUCACUAAUAAUACAUCGGUUAGCAUACAACUACCUAGCUUCCUGGAAUCAUUCGACUAUGAGCAUCCUAAGGAACCUCAAUUUUCCCUAGAAAUAACGCGCUACGACAAGGAAGUGCUCAGAAGUUUUUCAUUGGACUAA